AUGAGUGAUGUUUCUCUUUUGAGAAAUCUCACGUAUGCUGAUCUAGUGAAAGGAAAGCAACAACUUCCAACAACAUCUGUUGAUCUCAAUUCGUUACCAAAACCAACUUUGAAGGAUGGAAAACCUGCAGUGAUUCUCCCUGAAUCAUUCUACUUAGAUGGUUGUGAUAUUUGGAAGUUUAGCCUCAUUGGGCGAUUGGAUUUGAAAAGGGUUAAUUUUCAGGAUGUUAAAAACGACCUUGAACUUCAAUGGCAGCUAGGUCAAGGUAUGGUACAAUUCAUCCCUAUGAGUAGGGGUUUCUUCACCAUCAAGUUACAAUCGCAAGAGGCUAAAGACAAGUUAUUGAAGACUGAAGCCUGGUUUUUUGGUCAUCAAAAGCUAAACCUAAUUGAGUGGUUCCCUGGAUUUGAUGUUGAAAAACAAAGAACAUCCCAUGCUUCGGUAUGGGUUACGUUCCCUGGUUUACCUUUAGAGUUCUGGACGGAAAAAAAUUUGUUGUCCAUGGCUAAAUCUCUUGGUACUCCAAUUGUAGUUGACAAGCGUACUCUAGCUCAUGAGUAUGGUCACUUUGCUUCAGUCCUUGUUGAUAUUGAUUUUGCUGAGUCUGCUACAGAUACUAUCAAUGUUACGGUGGGGGGUUUGGAUUUUUGGCAGACUGUGGAAAUUCAAAAGAUGCCAAAAUAUUGUUCGAAGUGCAAGCUAAUUGGUCACACUGAUCAGGAAUGCAGAAAGCAAACCAAAGCUAACAAUGAGCGACAAAUGGUUACACAACACAAUGUUCAACCUCAUGUUGUUCAGCCUUAG